AGUCUCACUGAGUUCCAGGCAUGGGAUGUGGGGUGCCAUUUGGAACCCGGGAAACCUAGAUUCCCGGAAACCUACUUGGAGGGGGGUACAGAGCAUCCACAGACCCUCCCUGAGCAUAAAGGUGGACGCUACAGCUACCAGCACCUCAGCUCAGCCCCAGAUCACUCCCUGGAGUCGGCCUGCAGCGCUGUUGAUGUCACCCCCGAGCCCAGUCUGCGGUCCACAGCGAGACACAGGCCAGCCCAGCUCACAGAGCCUGAACGAGGUGCUGCCCCCCCGACCACCACCAUGCCUGAAGUCGAGAGAAAGCCCAAGAUCACGGCCUCCCGCAAACUCUUGCUGAAGAGCCUGAUGCUGGCCAAGGCCAAGGAGUGCUGGGAGCAGGAGCACGAGGAGCGGGAGGCUGAGAAGGUGCGCUAUCUGGCCGAGCGCAUCCCCACGCUGCAGACCCGUGGCCUGUCCCUCAGUGCCCUGCAGGACCUGUGCCGGGACCUGCACGCCAAGGUGGAGGUGGUGGAUGAGGAGAGAUACGACAUUGAGGCCAAAUGCCUCCACAACACCAGGGAGAUUAAGGACCUGAAGCUGAAGGUGCUGGACCUCCGUGGGAAAUUCAAGCGUCCACCACUGCGUCGGGUCCGGGUCUCAGCUGACGCCAUGCUCCGGGCUCUACUGGGCUCCAAGCACAAGGUGUCUAUGGAUCUGCGGGCCAACCUGAAGUCAGUGAAGAAGGAAGACACAGAGAAGGAACGGCCCGUGGAGGUGGGUGACUGGAGGAAGAACGUGGAGGCCAUGUCUGGGAUGGAAGGCCGGAAGAAGAUGUUUGAUGCCGCCAAGUCUCCAACCUCACAGUAGAGGCCGGCUUGCUGCGCUGUGCUCUGGGCUUCCGUUUGCGCUCCUCCCUCCAACCUGGCUCACCUACCUCUCUGCAUCCCACCCUGCCUUUCUGGAGCCUCCCAUCCUGUUCCCACUUCUCCCCUCCAGCCUGAGUGCCCUCCUCUGGAACUGGGAUUCAACAGACACCCAAGAGGACAGAGAGCAGUGUCUGAAGACCUCAUCCUGGCAGGGUGGAGACCCCGGCCAGCCGUGGUGUAGCCAAGCUGAGGAGGAAGAGGUGUGAGAGCACCUUCCCUCUGGCCCCUUGCCACAUCCCUCCACUACUUCUGUGACAUGUAGAGUGCCCCCAGGUAUCACAGCUUUUCCAUUAAAAACCAGGGUCCUGGUCAUUUCUGUAA